GACGCAGGUGGACGUUGGUCGCGUAAGCAGCGCACAGACCGGCGCUUUGGUGGAGUUUUGACGUGGCACUCUGCUUUCCUAGUGAGCGGUAGACAUACGAGGACUCUUACCCAGAUAACCAGUGUUUCUUCUUGGCAUGAGGAAAGAGUAAACGCAAAAAAAAACAUCAAAUCAAGAUGAGUCAACAGGGCUAUGUGGCAGCACCCCCGUACUCUCAGGCCCAGCCCGGAAUGGGGGGUUACCAGGCGGGGUAUGGACCUCCCGGGGCGACACAGCCUCACUAUGGGCAUUAUGGGGGACCAACACAGCCCUUUAAUGCCCCGCCAACAGCAAGUAUGAUGAAAUCUCCACCUGCGGGAAUGCCCCCAACUCCAGUGUCAUCUCAGUACAGUCAGAAUGUGCAGCAGAAUGGUGGACACAGGUACCCUGCUCCCCCCGCUGCCUCAGCUGCUUAUGGACAGCCUCCACAGUCCUCAUACAACAGCAUGUCACCUCAGUCCCCACCUACGACACAACAGAUCACCAACCAGAUGGGUGCUAUGAGCAUAGGAAACUAUGCACCAGGACCUCAAGCUCCAGUGAACUCUGUAGCCCAGCAGCACCAUCAGAGACCUGCUCCAGCGAUGGGUCAGCCUCAGAUGCACCCAGGCCCCCAGUCCCCACCCAUGUCCCCUCAGAUGUCUUCCACUCAGUUCCCUCCUGCAAACAUGCCUAUGACAGCUCCUCCUAUGGCUGGCAGCCCACUGUCACCACCUCCUAUGGCUGGUUCUCCUAUGGGUGCGCCUCCAAUGGGUGCACCCCCUAUGGCUGGUUCUCCUAUGGGUGCUAAUCCAAUGGGUGCCCCCCCUAUGGCUGGUCCACCGAUGGGAGGCAUGGGGGGACCUUUUCCUGGAUCACCUCCUCCUGGUGUUGGAGGCUUUCAGCAGGCAGGUCCUGGCCCACAGGGAUUUCCACAGCAACCAGGUCAAUUUGGCGGUCCCAUGGCAGGACCUCAGCCUGGAAUGCCUGGUGGCUUCCCAUCAGGACCAUCUCAACUGGCUGGACCACCUCAAAAGAAACUGGAUCCAGACUCUAUCCCUAGUCCAACUCAGGUGAUUGAAGAUGACCAAGUGCGACGAGGAGGGCAGAUCUACGCCACAAACCUGAGAGGACAAGUGCCACCUCUGGUAACAACACAGUUCACAGUGCAAGACCAAGGCAAUGCCAGCCCCAGAUUUAUGCGAUGCACUACUUACUCCCUGCCCUGCACCGCUGACCUGGCCAAACAGUGCCAAGUCCCUCUGGCAUCCAUCAUUAAACCAUUGGCUCGUUUGCCAAAGAAUGAGACUCCUCUGUAUGUUGUGAACCAUGGCGAGACUGGACCCAUUCGCUGUAACAGAUGCAAGGCCUACAUUUGCCCGUUUAUGCAUUUUACUGAAGGCGGUCGUCGCUUCCAGUGUGCAUUCUGCAACUGUGUUAAUGAAGUGCCAGUGUUUUAUUUCCAACAUCUGGACCACAUGGGGCGAAGGGUGGACUUCUACGAGAGGCCCGAGUUGUCACUUGGAUCAUAUGAGUUUGAAGCUACCCUAGACUACUGCAAGAACAACAAGCCGCCAAAUCCUCCAGCCUUCAUCUUCAUGAUAGAUGUCUCCUAUAACAACGUUAAGAGUGGACUGGUCAAGAUGAUCUGUAAUGAGCUGAAGACACUGCUCGAGAAACUACCGAAAGAGGAGGGCAGUGAGAGCUCUGUGAUAAAGGUGGGCUUUGUCACUUACAACAAAGUCCUCCAUUUUUACAAUGUGAAGAGUGCACUGGCCCAGCCGCAGAUGAUGGUGGUCUCUGACAUCGCAGAGAUGUUUGUGCCUCUGCUCGAUGGGUUCCUCGUGAACUACCAGGACUCCAAAGCUGUUAUCUACAACCUUCUGGAUCAGAUCCCAGACAUGUUUGCCAACUCAAAUGAGAGUGAGACGGUCUUUGCCCCCGUGAUUCAGGCUGGACUGGAGGCACUUAAGGCAGCUGAAUGCAGUGGCAAGCUGUUCAUCUUCCAGUCGGCCAUGCCCACAGCCGAAGCUCCUGGCAAACUGAAAAACAGGGAUGACAAAAAACUCAUCGGUACAGACAAAGAAAAAACCCUGUUCCAACCACAGAAGAGUGUCUACGAGCAGCUAGCUAAAGACUGUGUGGCUAACGGCUGCAGCGUGGACCUCUUCCUCUUCCCCAGUCAAUACGUGGACCUGACAACUAUGGCCAGCGUUCCCUCUCACACCGGCGGCUCUGUCUACAAGUACAACAACUUCCAGGUGGAGACAGAUGGGGAGCACUUUCUUCGAGACCUGAGGAAAGACGUACAGAAACCCAUCGGAUUUGAUGCUGUAAUGAGAGUUCGGACCAGCACAGGCUUCAGAGCGACAGACUUCUUUGGGGCUAUCCACAUGAACAACACCACAGAUGUAGAGAUGGCUGCCGUAGACUGUGACAAAGCAAUUACCGUCGAAUUCAAGCAUGACGAUUCUCUGGGUGAAGACACAGGAGCGCUAAUCCAGUGUGCCUUGCUCUACACAACCCUGAGUGGACACAGAAGACUGCGCAUUCACAACCUCAGCCUGAACUGCAGCUCUCAGUUAUCAGACUUGUACAAAAGUUGCGAGACAGAUUCACUCAUCAAUUUCUUUGCGAAAUCAGCUUAUCGUGCCAUUUUGAACCAGCCCAUAAAGAACGUGAGGGAGAUCCUUGUCAACCAAACGGCGCACAUGUUGGCAUGCUACAGGAAGAACUGCGCUAGUCCCUCUGCAGCGAGCCAGUUGAUCCUGCCUGAUACCAUGAAGGUGUUCCCGGUCUACAUGAACAGUCUGAUGAAAUCGUCUCCGCUGGUCGGGAGCACAGAGCUUCCCACAGAUGACAGGGCCCAUCAGAGGCUGUCCCUCCUGGCCAUGGGGGUGGAGGAGACUCAGCUGCUGCUGUAUCCACGUCUCAUUCCACUGCACAAUAUGGAUCCCAGCAGUGAUGUCCUCCCUGCUCCUGUCCGCUGCUCUGAAGAACGCCUCUCCGACUCCGGCCUGUUCCUGCUCGAAAAUGGACACUCCAUGUUUUUGUGGCUGGGACAAGGAAGCUCACCUGACCUCAUCCAGGGACUUUUCAACCUCCCGUCCCUCGCUCACCUUCAACCCGACAUAGCUGCCUUGCCAGAGCUAGACAACCCUCUGUCAAAGAAAAUCCGGUCUAUUGUCAGCGAUCUGCUUGAGAAGAGAUUCAAUUCAAUGAAACUUCAUAUCGUGAGGCAGAAGGACAAACCGGAGAUCCUUUUCCGUCAGUUCCUGGUGGAGGAUAAAAGCGUUCACGGUGGGGCCUCCUACAUGGACUUCCUCUGCUUCGUGCACCGGGAAAUCAGGCAACUCCUCACCUAACCUCCAGCUCUGCACCUCCAUGGACGAUACUGUGGCCACAAGGGGGCAGUACUUUACUCCUCUUCAGUUUGUGCCUACAUUUCAGAGGGACCAACAAUAUUAUUUACACGGUUAGGUUAAAACAAGGAGACGACCAUGAGAUUCCUAAGCUGCCUUUAUAUUACAACAGACAAACCACUUUCCUCUUAAGACACGCUUUUAACUCUAUUAUGUAGUUUAUUAUUUCAGGACUCAGUAUUACAGGAAAACAUAUCAUAUCAGUUACCUGUGAUUUUUAAUAAUACGUGAGAUUUAUUAUGAAUUUUGGCGAAGCAAUACAACGCUGAUCUCCACUGUUGAUUCAAAACUUAUUCCUGAGACCUACACGUUCUUUUAUCAAGUCAAUAAAAGCAGCUGUAACAUAAAUGUCCAUGUAAUAUUUUUAUGUAUUAUUAAAGAUGGGAAGUGUAACUUGCAUAGCCUGGAACGUUCCGCAGUACGGCAUUAAACGUAAGCAUUUGGCAGCAAAGUUCCAUGGUGAAACUUUGAGGAAAUGUAAAAACUUUGAUAGGAUUUAUUUUGUUUAAACACAUUCCAUGACACUUUUUACUUUUGCAGAUUAUAUUUAAAUAUAGCUUUAUGUAAGUGCGUCUGAAGUGUAGCAGAUUCAGUAGGUCGGUGCUACAGUGCCAUAUCAAAAACUACGCCAUAAAAACACUUUAACUAAUGGGAAGUGCAAUCUUACCAAAGCAGCCUGUAGAUUUUAAUUCCUUUUUUUUUUAAUGGUCUGAAAUAUCGCACUUGGUUUUAAUGAGUAAAGUUUAUUUGAGGUUUUCAGUUUUCAGUUUUCAAGCCAGACAUCAACGCAUAAAUAACACCUGUUGAUACUAGGAUUUAAGAAUUAAUGUUUGUAAUGGACAUCUAUGUAUCUAGUCAUACGCGUUUAAAGUGGCUCAUUUAAUUUCAUUUAAAAACAGUGUUGGUUUUGAAAUGGUCCGAUGUCAUUUGUAUAUUCCGUGUACAUCAUAUGACGUUUCAUCUAUAUAGCAAAAUGUACUUCAGAAUGUACUGAUAAAGUGUAUCAUUUUGACUUAUUGUGCCUAUGUUUAAAAAUAUUGCCUUAAGUUGAUGUAGUUUUUGUGUUGGACCCAAAAUUGGUUUGUAUGCAAUUAAAUCUCAGGUGGAAAUACA